UGCUAUCAUCUCAGAAUGGCUGUAGUCAUCCGUUUACAGGGGCUUCCUGUUGUUGCGGGUCCUGCAGAUAUUCGCCGUUUCUUCUCGGGAUUGAAUAUUCCUGAUGGAGGAGUGCAUAUUAUUGGAGGAGAAACUGGGGAGGCUUUUAUUAUAUUUGCAACAGAUGAAGAUGCACGACGUGCCAUGAGCUGUUCAGGAGAGCUUAUCAAAGACUCCCCCAUAGAGCUCUUUCUCAGCAGCAAGACUGAAAUGCAAAAUACAAUAGAAAUGAGCCGGAAAAGAUUUGAUCGUGGGGGAAGAGAACCAAUAUCUGGGUCUAGACGAACAGGUGGUAGUAAUUCUGGUGCAUCAGGCGUUGGGAACCUUUCAAACUUAGUUGCAGCUAUUACAAAAGGAAUAAAUAAAUCUGGUUAUGUUCCAUCAAAUCACCUAGAGUCUGGCUUUCAUACCAAUGGCACAAGACAUGGUGAUCCAAGUAUACCUAAAUCAAACUAUAAUCAGUCAAGAAAGGAGUCAGUGAGUUCAGAUGAUGUUUAUUUAUUUCUACAUGGCAUACCAUACACUGCAACAGAAGAUGAAGUACGUGCUUUCUUUUCUGGAUUACGAGUAGAGGGAGUGAUCUUUAUAAAACGUCGCAAUGGCCUAAAUAAUGGUGAUGGUUUGGUAAAAUUUGCUACACCUCAUGGUGCCUUAGAAGGACUUAAACGUCAUAGACAAUACAUGGGUCCAAGAUUUAUAGAAAUAAGUCCAGCUACUGAAGAACAGUGGAUUGAAUAUGGUGGCAGGGUAGACAUGAAGAAUGAGAUUGCUCGUUACUUAAGCAAAGAGCGUUCUCCAACAAGAGGUUCAAACUAUACUCAUUCAAGAAAACAUUCUCAUUCAAGAUCUCCUCCAAGGAGACAAAGAACGCGCUCUCGUUCACCUCGUGGCCAGGAAUUUUACUUACACUUAAGAAAUCUACCUACCUAUCUUGAGAAGAAAGAUCUGAGAACUUUCUUUGGAAAGCUGGAUGUGUCUAACAACCAAAUCAAGCUUUUACUGGACAAGCAUCAAAGGAAGACAAGAAAUGCAUUUUUGAUGUUGAAGAAUCAGAGAGAUUUUGAUAUUGCUCUGGAACAUCACAGGAUGUCUCUCUUCAAUCGUCCUGUUUACAUUUUUCCUAUUUCUAGAAAAUCUAUGUUGAAACUAAUUGAGUCAUAUGAGAAGAAGAGCUCACAAGAAAGAGAUCGGCCUGGACAGGCUGUAUCGGAAAAAAGUUAUCGGGAGGGGCAUUCUGGCCCAAAGAUGUGCAUAUAUAUAAGAAACUUUCCAUUUGAUGUGACAAAAGUUGAAGUACAAAAGUUCUUUGCAGGAUUUGCUAUUGAUGAAGAUGAUGUCUACUUGCUUUAUGAUGACAAAGGAGUUGGGCUGGGAGAAGCAUUGGUAAAAUUUAAAUCUGAAGAGCAGGCAAUGAAAGCAGAAAGUUUAAAUCGUCGAAGGUUCUUGGGAACAGAGGUACUAUUAAGACUUAUAUCUGAAGAACAGAUGCAGGAGUUUGGUUUAAAUGUUCUACCAUCAGCAACAAGUGGAAAAAUGCAGGUUCAUUCACAGGCAUAUGACAGAGGUGAGCAUUCCCGUCCAGCUGCUUCACCACCUGGACAACCACAAGGAUUACCUAUGCACUCAUUUGGUCCUCCUGGGAGCUUUAGGCAUCCUUCUGAUGUUAGACGACCUCCUGAGGAUUUUCGAGGUCCUCCACCUUUUAUGGAUUUUGGUGGUGAUGGCGAACCUUUUGGUAGGAUGGAGUAUGGAAACAAUAACAUGGGAGGCUUUUCUGAGGGAAGAUUUAUGUCCGAUCCAAAUUUCAGUGGUGGUUCUGAUCGUGUAACUCCUAUUAGAUUAAAGAACUUGCCAUUUAGAGCCACCCCUAAUGAAAUUUUGGAUUUUUUCUAUGGCUAUGGUGUCAUUCCAGAGUCUGUUUCUAUACAGUGUAAUGAACACGGACUACCUUCAGGUGAUGCCAUUGUUGCUAUGACAAAUUAUGAGGAAGCAAUGGCUGCUAUUAAUGAGCUAAAUGAUAGACCAAUUGGCCCACGCAAAGUUAAGCUAAGCUUGCUUUAAAGAGAGAAAAAGUUUCUCAGAUUAAAAAUUCUAGACAUCACAGUAUUGAUGCAGUAAGAUGGAUUCUUAUUUACAAGUUUUUGUUACUGGAAGAUGCAGAAGACAGAGUUUCCAUAAACAGAGGAAGUUGUAAAUAGUGUCAUGUUUAGUUAUUUUGUAUUGGUUCAAAUUGACAUCUGUAAGGUUUUUUUAGAAGACAUCUUAGAAGUGUAUUAUGCUUAUUUUUAUUUUUAUGGCAGAUGGAGAGGUCAGUAAUCCUAAUGGAUUGUCUGUUGACUUGUAAGGUGCAUAUCUUGAUAUUAAGACAUA